UCCAUAUUUUAUCAUAUUUUUGAAUUUGAGAAAAAGGUGGGAAGAGAGAGAAUAUAGUGAGAUAGACGUUGGAAGUUCUUAUAUCUUAACACUUAACAGCAAACCAGCAUUUUUGACUGUUUCCCCUGUAUCUUCAAAUCAAAUUUCACAACUGCAAACAGAAUAUUAAGGGAUCAUUCUUUUAAUACACACUUUCUUUUUCACUGAGUAUCAUUCCUUUCUUUCUUUCUUUAAAACUUAGAAAAAAAAUUCAGCUUAAAAAAGCUUCCAACAACUGUACACUCUUCUCAUUCAAAAGCUCAAAUGCUUCUUCUUCUACAUUCAAAUUUUGAUACCCAGAAUUCAAAAUCUUCUUAAAAUCAAAACCCUAAUUUUUCUUGGUUGAUUUGAGGGAGAAAGAUUGAAUCUUUUUGAAUUAUGGGUACAUCUUUUAGGAAAGAAGAUGGUUUAAACUUAACUGAGCCAACUGGGUUGGUGACUGAGUCACUCACCGAGUUAGGUACUGAACGUAGAAGAAGUAUGGAGAGUGGUUCUGAUAUUCUUUCAGGGAAGAAAUCUUCAUCUUCUCCACCACUUUUGGGUUGGCCAAUUAAAGCUGCAAUUCCCAAAUCUGUUGUUUCUGGGUCACAAAAACCAGUUUUAAAUGAUGAUUCUGAGCUCAAAAAGCAUAAUUUGAACAUUUCUGAGAUGGAGAUGAUGAAAGAGAGGUUUGCAAAGUUACUACUUGGAGAGGACAUGUCAGGAAGUGGGAAAGGGGUUUCUACUGCUCUAGCUAUUUCUAAUGCUAUCACUAAUUUAUGUGCUACGAUUUUCGGGCAAUUAUGGAGGUUAGAGCCAUUGGCUAGAGAGAAGAAAUCGAUGUGGCGAAGAGAGAUGGAGUGGUUGCUUUGUGUUGGUGAUCACAUUGUUGAGUUAAUACCAACUUGGCAGACAUUCCCUGAUGGAAAGAAACUAGAGGUUAUGACUUGCAGACCUCGGACAGAUAUUUUCAUUAAUCUUCCAGCUCUUCGCAAGCUAGACAACAUGCUCAUUGAUAUACUCGAUAGUUUCAUCAAAACCGAGUUUUGGUAUGUUGAUCAAGGAAUAGUAGCCUCAGAUUGUGAUGGUUCAUCCUCGUUCAGGAAAACUUUACACAGGCAAGAGGAGAAGUGGUGGCUACCAGUACCUCGAGUUCCUGCAGGUGGCCUCCAAGAGAGUUCUAGGAAGCAGCUGGAUCACAAGCGUGAAUGCACCCACCAAAUACUCAAAGCAGCCAUGUCUAUUAACAGCAUGGUUUUAGCUGAAAUGGAUGUUCCUGACUCCUAUUUGGAAACGCUUCCAAAGAAUGGAAGAGCAUGCCUUGGGGACAUGAUGUACCGGUACAUCACAUCAGACCACUUCUCUCCGGAAUGCUUGCUUGAUUGCCUAGACCUAUCAUCUGAGCACGUUGCUCUCGAGAUAGCAAAUCGAGUAGAAGCAUCAAUAUAUGUCUGGAGGAGGAGACUCCAUCCAAAACCUGCAACAAAUCCCCCGAGAUCCACUACAAAAUCAUCAUGGGGAAUGGUCAAAGAUCUAAUGGUUGAUGGAGAUAAAAGAGAGCUCCUUGCUGAAAGAGCUGAUAGAUUGCUCCUAUGCUUAAAGCAGCGCUUCCCUGGCCUCACUCAAACUACAUUAGACACCACUAAAAUUCAAUGCAACAAGGAUAUAGGAAGAUCCAUCCUAGAAAGCUACUCAAGAGUUUUAGAGAGCUUGGCAUUCAACAUUGUUGCUCGCAUAGAUGAUCUACUAUAUGUUGAUGAUAUAACCAAACACACUGAUAAGUUAACCUCUGCGCCUAAUGUCAGUGUUAUGGCUCAUAAGAAGGUCUCAAAACUAACCUCAGUGCCACCCUCGUGCACACCUUAUGGAUCAGCUUUCAGCACUCCAAGCUUCUCACCUGCUCCACUAGUUAGUCCAGCUAGGGGAUUAGACCGAACUCCUUUUGUCAAUCGCGAGAUUGGUAAGCCUCCUAAGCGCGGUCUUGGUGUUAAGAGAGUGCUUACUAACUACCUAGGUGGUGGUGAAUUAAAGGCCAAAAAUUGUUCAAAUCUCAUUGAAGGUCCUCCUGUAACAACAAAGUCAAGUGUUGGCUCGCCUGCAUCAUCAAGGGAUGAUGCAGAGAACAUGGAUCCUCAAAGAAACUCGAUUUCCCACCAAAGGACUAGUAGAUUUAGAUGAAAGUCUUGCUAGUGUAUAUUUAGCAUUCAGCUAAUAAGGUGGUGAAACAAGAGAAAAGGUUCAUCUCUAACUGAUAUAGUGAUGAUUUGAUGAGAAUGUACAAUGUUCCAGGAUUUUUUUAUUUAUUUGGAUUGGUAGGAUCUAGGACACUGUUAUGCUGUGUUGUUCUUGGUUUGUUUAUUUGAACUAUUAUAUUUGUCCAGAAUAUAUGUAUUUUAUGUAGAGUUUAUAUUGAUGAGAAUCUAAAGAUCAUUUGCAUGUUUAA